AUGUAUUUCUGCGAAGAUUGUGCUUUUUCCUUCUCCAAUCGUGACGCGUGGGAAGAACAUUUAUUGACUGUGCAUUCCAACGACGAGCCAGAUUCAUCUCCGACUGAAGAGCCGCAUGACUCAGAUGCCGAUUCCGGUGUCGCAAAUGGGGACGUGGAAGAGACUGAAGAGGAAAUCCCGGUUGAAAAGUGUGCAAGUGUUGACACAGAAUUUCUCAGUCGACUGCGAAAGCAUCCAUCGAAAGUUCAUUUGUCUCGCGAUCCCGUGUUGCGACUAACGUGUCGAAACAGUCCUCAAGAUCUCCCGGAUCCUUCCGAGUGUGAUUUCACGUGGGGUCAAACGCCGCUUACCGUUGAUGACUACGUGGAGAACCCUGAUUUCUAUGUUGUGCAGUAUGUGUCAUUGGGAAGCUCGUGCCCGAAAUGCGGAAAAUUUUUCUCUGACGAGUCCAGGAUGGAGACACAUAUGCCGCGGUGUAAUUUCGAAGCAAAGCGAGAAAGGGUUGUUGUGGCAACCCUUUCUCGCUCGUCCAAAACCGCAAGCAGCUCGUUUAUUACUUGCCCAUCCUGCAGAAUAAGAUACCUGAAAAGAUCGUUCAUCCAACAUCUGCGAACUGCUCACGAAGCGGUGAACGAAAUGGAAGCGUCCAAAGCAUCGGUGCGAUGUCAAAUUCCCGGCUGCGACAAAGUUCUCGGGAAACGAUUUUCUCAUGCCGAGCACCUGUUGCUUCACCCGAGGUCUAAGGAUUUUGCGUGCAAGUCUUGCCCCAGUAAUUUCUGCACGUUGCAGUCGUUGCUUCGGCAUUACCUCACGCAUGAGCAGGAAUUCUCCGGCCUCAAGACACGGAAAAAGGAAGGACCUGUACGAACUUUCAUUCGAGAACCGUCUGGCAAGUUUGCGAAGACGCCCUUGCCGCGAGUCAGGAAAAAAUCCUCUCAGAAACUCACUGCGUCGGCGGCAAGCAGUAAAGUCUCUACGGUGAAAUCCCCUGUCGUGAAAUCAUCGCCGAAGCCAACGAAAAAGUCACGGAUUCCUUCUGUCGGAACGCAGCCAAAGAAAACAAAAAUUAGUGCAAAACGGAAAUCUCCUGCAGCGUCACCUGCUCAGGCCGAACGCGAGAUGGAAGCUGUUAUUGAGGACGAAACUGUGCUGAGGAACUCUUGCAAACAUUGCGGGAAACAUUUCGCCAGUAGGAGCAACCGGAUUCGCCAUGAAGCGUUGCACUUUUCCGACGGACAGUAUCGAGACGUGAUUAAUCAUGGCAAAUCCGGUGGUCCUGGGUUAUCCGGCCCAAGAUUGUCGAAAGAACCCGCGAAGUCCGGAAAGAAGGUCCCCAAGCAAGCAAAGAUUUCCACUCCAUCUGUUCUUCAAGACUCCGUCGCGGACGAGAAGCUGAUCGGCAAAUGCCGGUAUUGCUUCAGAGCUGUCGAUAAGCCAGAUCUGAUCCGCCACGAAGCUUCGCAUUGGGACAAAGGCGUGUUUCGUAGCGAAGUCCCGCUUCGGCAAGUCGAAGCCAGAACUGCUGCUUUAACUCAGUCAAGCUUUAAAUGUGCUUUGUGCAAAAAAGAAUUCCCCACGAUGUUUUAUCUUCAGAAGCACAAACGUGACAAGCAUGGAAAGCGCAGGAAUGCGACGACGAAGAAAGCGAAGAGUCCAAAAAAGAAGCGGACGAAGGACGUUGAGACUCUGGAACCUCUAGAGAUGGAGGACGAAAGUCCGAAGUUGGUUUUGAGAUCUCCGGUAAAGGAGAAGAUUGAAGAGAAGGCGAAAUCGAAAGAACCGGUUGAUCAGAAAGUGUCGAAGGAACCGAAACUUGCCAUUUUUGAUCCUAUUUCAACGUUCGAUCCAAGUUCGAGCCUAUAUACGUGUCUUGAGUGCAAGAAACAUUUUUCCGACCCAACGAUGCUCACAGAACACGUCAUUAAGUUUCAUUCACGCACGUUCGUCGCGCGUUGCAGCUUAUGCUCUGUUGGAUUCCUGUCUCAAGCUACGCGGCAAAUUCACGAAGCGUCCUGCGUCGGAGACUCUGAGAAAAACCUUAAAAUCCACUGCCGACUCUGCGACCUGAGCUUCCCAACGAAGCCAGCAUUUGUGCAUCAUGUGCACGAAUCCCACAGUGACCUGGAAAAUGCAGCGGAUGACGUCUUGCGUGGAGUUGUCAAGGGGAAGGUUGUCUUUCCUGCCGUCGGAAUGACCGUCGCUGAGCCUGCGAAAAAGUCGAGACGAACCAAGUCGGCGAGUUCUGCGUCUUCUGCAAUCUCUGCGGAUGACGUGUUUGAAUUCAAUGGUGCGAGUGCCAAAGGAGGUGGUCAGAGAAAGAGUGGGUCCGCGAUGACUUUCGUAUGCGUGUGUGGCUUCAGAGGUACGAAAACUCAGCAGCAAAGUCAUCGGAAGAAAGAGCAUCCUUCUACUAAAAAAAAUCAAAGAUUGGCGAGGCCGGUUUCCGACGAGGAGAUGGAAGAAAUUCAGCAGUCUCCAGCUAAGAAACAACGACUGGAUUCUUCGUCAUCUGCGACGAAAAAACGAGUAUCGAAAACCAAGUCUUCACCUCUACAGUCUCCUCGACAAACCCCUGCUGUGGAUCCGGAAAUGGCCCCUGUUCAGUUCCUCAAGUGCACCAUUUGUGGACACUUGACUUUCGCGUCUUUGAUGCAGCAACAUCAUCAAGAAGCGCACGGGUCGAAAAAAAAGAAGAAAAGAGUUUCGACUCUGAAAAGAAAAUCUGUUGGUUCGCGAAGUAGGAAAAGGUCCUUAUCUUCUCCGAAGAAAAUGCCCGACGAAGACAAGGUUUUGCAAACAUCGCUUCACAUGAACUCCGAAACGGGUCAGCAAACCCUAAUGCGUUUGGUAGAUGGCUCUGAAGUGCCCAUGUCGAAGCGCUUGGGUCUGCGAACGAAGAUGCAGUGCCCCAUGUGCCCGGAAAUGUUCGAUACCUCUAUCCUUUGGCAUCGACAUGUUUUGCGGAAUCAUUGUCUGGAUGUUUGUCUCAAGACGUGGGGAGUGAAGAAUGUUUCGUUGACGGCUUCGUCGGAACCAUCGCCAAUGGAAAAUCGACCUACUAAAGCGAAUGAAAACGAAUCUGCGUUUGAAGAAGAGUCAGAAGAAAUGGUCGACGAAGCAUCGGAAGAUGCUGACGAGGAAUCAGUCCCGAAGGACAUUUCUGGAAAAAAGGUUAUUCCUCGCACUAUCGAGCAAAGUGAUCAAACCCAAGUAUCUAUGACGAACAACAAUACAUCGCAUCUGGAAACGAGUUUGGAAAGUGUGACGGAAUCUGACAAGUCCGCCGCCGCUGCGCGUGAUUCUCUAAACACGACGUUGGGUGAUGCUCGGCCGAGAAGACCGAUUCAGGCGUCCCGCCGCCUUUUGGAUGCGGAUUUCGACAACAUGCCGAACAUGAGAACUCAUAAGAAAAGAAGUAUCUCGCCGUUGAAACCUCAGUCUGCGAGAAGAACCUCUGACGCGGCUGCGAAGAAAAAGCGUCCUAAUAAAAGAUCCACCAAAUUCAGUAGUUCAAAAAGAUCAAAAAGCAUUCCGGAAAUCUCCGUUGCGAUCGAGCCUGAAAAUUUCGAUUCGACGCGUCUCGAGGACGAAGACGACGAUGAUUUCGUGGCGGACUCCCUGAUAUCAAACGGCGUUAGACUCGGCUCGGACAACAAGGUUGACGAAGAAUACCCCCCAAAAUCUGCAGCUAUUCCUGCGUACCAGCAAAAGAAAUUCGCCGAAGUUCCGCCUCCUUCUCAGCCGGUUUUCCGCGUUCGAGUGAAGCAAUGCGUUUCCAUGGCCGAGCAAGUUGCUAUGUUACAAGAGGCCGAAUCCCAACUGGACUCCCCUGUUUCACGGCUCACCUGUUCGGAAUGCCCCGAAUUGUCAUUCGACACCCCGUCUCUUUUUUAUGAGCACUUCAGUGGUAACCACAGAGUCACAGAACCCGUCACAUGCAGCAUUUGCAAGUCAUCUUCGAAAAAUCUGCAAGCCCUGCGAAAUCACGUUCGUCGACUCCACGCGGACAUAUUCCCCUUGAAGUGUCCCGAGUGCCCGAAAGUGUUUUCCCGAGGACGCGGCCUAGAUAUGCACAUGGAACUGGUACAUCGUUCGUCAGCAGGCGGAAAAGUGGAGCAGUUGAAGAGCGAAAAGGGGAAGACGAGGGAAAAGAAAGACCAGAAGAUCGACCCCGUGGGCACCUUGUUGUCGGAAGAGAUGGGCAUCGAUGAGAGUGACCCGGAAGACUUUCCAGAAGCUAUUCAAUCAGCCUUGACUCUAGAUUAGUCACAAGAGUGCGAGCGAGUCUUCUAAUUUAUUUGAGGUACGGUUAGGUUUUAUACGAUUUGUCGAGCGUUUGUUUACGAGUUUUAAGUUGAACUGCAACUCUGUUAAAUCCUGUUUUUGAUUCGCGUGUAGAUGUAAAAUUGUUUUGGUCUUCGGUUUGCUCGGCUGAUACCCGAGGAGAAGAGAAAAAAAAAAGAAUUCCCGUCUGCGUUGGAACAGUUUCUGUGAGAUGACUUUGUGUUCCUUCAGUUCAUAGGCGAGGGAAGAUUCAUAACAACCUUUGAUUGCGGUUCGGGUUAUCUGGCGCUUUUGUACUUCUCGUGGUUAUUUUUCGUCUGAAUUGAGUUUGUAUUUCUUCACUUCGUGACAUAAUGCCGUUGGAAUGUUCGAAGUAGGAUGUCAGUGUUCAUAUGUUUGCUUGAAACUUCGCGUUGAGUUCUUUCGCACGUGAGCAGAUCUUCGAAAUAAAAGAAUGCUUUUUAGAUACUUUUCA